ACGCGAAAGGAAGACAGAGCUUCGCGAUCUGAUUUAACAAACUGUUCGCUCUCUCCCCCUUUGGACAACAACUCCCCGCCCCCCUCCCUUACAAUUCAGCAUUUAGGAAGGGGAAAAAACCCACGUAGAUGCGUUCCCCCCCCCCAAAUCCUUGGUCUCAUCUAUGAAAGGGAAGGAAGCUAAAGGGGAGCGGUUUACUAAGUAGUACGCUCCAACGUUUCACUCCAAGAGCAAACCCGGGGCUUGGAACAGCACGCUCGAUUUUUUCUAUAGCCGUCUCUCUAAUUCUCUCCCUUCCACCCCAACCCCUUUUACUUACUCUCCCCCCUCCCCUCCCCACCUUUCCCUAAAGCUUCAGGACUUAGAAGAGGCUAAGGAGCAAGAGAAGGAGCGGGCGACAGGCACACACGCGCACACACAAACACACACACACAGACAGAGAGGGAGAGAGGAGGAGGGAGGGAAGGAGAGAGAAGAGAGCGAGACCGAGAGGAGAGAGGCAAAGGGGGGGGGGGGGGGGGGGAGGCCGAGGUGGAUCGGUGAGCAAUGGAGCAACAGCGGCAGCGGCAGCAGCACCACCAGGAGCAGCAGCAGCAGCGGCGGCGGCAGCGGCGGCGGCAGCAGCGGCGGUGGCAGCACCAGCAGAAGCAGCAGCAGCAGCAGCAGCAGCAGCGGCGGCGGCAGCACUAGCAAUCGCCGGCGAGGGAGAGAGAGAGAAGAGAGAGAGGAGGGGAGAGGAGACGAGAGGAGAGGAGACGAGAGAAAAGCUUCGGCGCUGAUUAAACUGCAGAGAUCAGCAAAACCUCUUUCGCUCUCCGUUCACCGCCUUCAGCAAGCCAAAAAAAGGGGACGAACAUUUUUUUUUUUAAGAAAAUCAAAUCAAUUCUACUACUAAGGGGGGGGGGGUUGCAUUGAUCAGAGACUGGAAUAUCUUUUUUUUUUUUUUAAUGGGCUCCUGCUAAAAUUAGCCCAGACUGCUGUGUGUGUGUGUGAGUGUGCGUGUUGUGUGUGUCUGUGUGUGUGAAUUUGAUUACUCCAGGACUCCUCAAGCUCCGGAGACGCCAUUUUCCCCCUUGAUAUCUCUCUCUAUAAAUCUAUCGAGCGGAGCUGGGCAGCGUCGGGAAGCCGCCGCGGCGCUGGGCUGCGGGGUUCGGGGGCUCUGGGGGCUCUGCGCUCGCAGCCGCCGCCGCCGCCUCUAUGCGCUUUCUGCCCCCCGCCUCCUGCGCCCCCGGUGCGUGUGUAGCCCGCCCGCGGCUCCCUGUUUGACAGAUGGUUAUCGCGAUGGAGUUGCCGCAACAGCACCUUUGGGGGCUCGGGCGAGCGAUUGAAACCGGGAUCUAAAAGCCGAGAGAGAGACAGAGAGGAGGAGGAUCGAGCAGAGGCGACAGCCCCCUCCCGCGACGCGCCGGCCUUUUGGGAUAUGGUUGUAGAUCUGAUCACUUCUAAACAUCUUGACGUGUCUGGACCUCUGGGACUCUGAACACAGAAGCCGGACAGUUCUGUUCCUGGGCCUUCCCUCCCCCUUCCCCUUCCCCUUCCCCCUCCUGAGAACUCCUGUGGGGCUGUUUGGAUUGUCAUGGAGUCCAGGGAGAUUUUAAGCAGCUCCCGUCAAAGGGGGGGUGAGAACGAGUUCCUGUCUGUCACCUCAGCCAAGACCCCAGGCACUUCUGGUUGUCCUGGGGAAUCUUUGCUCCCUGCACCAGGAGUUGGGAAAGGGAUCCCAGUAGGGGGAGAGCGGAUGGAGCCGGAGGAAGAGGAUGAGCUGUGCUCUGGACGUGAUGUGGAUUCCAACUCUAAUGCUGACAGCGAGAAGUGGGUGGCAGGAGAUGGCCUGGAAGAACAGGAGUUUUCUAUCAAGGAGGCUAACUUUACAGAGGGGAGCCUGAAACUUAAGAUCCAGACCACUAAGAGGGCUAAGAAGCCACCCAAGAACCUGGAGAACUAUAUUUGCCCACCUGAGAUUAAGAUCACCAUCAAGCAGUCUGGGGACCAGAAGCUUUCUCGUGCUGGGAAAAAUAGCAAAGCUGCCAAGGAUGAGGAGAGAAGCCACUCAAAAAAAAAGCUUCUUGCAGCCAAUGACCUCACAGCCAGUGACCUCAAAGGAUUUCAACCACAGGUCAAAGACAAGCUCAGUAUGGUUGAACCAGAAGGAAUUGGUCGAGCUCCAUGUAUUGGGUCAAGAAUUGGAUGUCCCCAGAGAAAAUGUCCAUCCUGCAAGAAAAGUUCGGUUUAUGAGAGGCCCCAGAAACAUGCAGCCCUCCACUAUGAUCCCAGCCUCCAACAGGACUUCACUGGAGACACCCUAAAACCAAAGCACCAGCAAAAAAGCAGCAGCCAGAGCCACAUGGAUUGGUCUGCCAGCUCGGAUAAUGGGCCCACCACUCAGAAUUGCUUUAUUAGCACAGAAUCUGGUCGAGAAACUCCAGGCCCUACCAAGAUUCCAACCCUUGAGCCUGUGGCUUCCUUUGCCAAGUCCCAAGGAAAGAAAGGUAGUGUGAGCAGCACAUGGAGUCAGCUGUCUAGCAGUAGCAAAGAUCUGCUCUUGGGUAAUGUGGUCCCAGUCCCAAGCAACAUCAGUUCACCAGCCCAGACCACUAGCUCAGCUGAGUGCAAUGGACUCCCAACCUUAGUAGACCAAGAUGGAGGAGGAUUAAUGGAGCCUCCAGAUCCCCCGGCUGGAAACAGCAAGAAGAAGUCAAGCAAAAAAGACUUAAUAAAUCAAACCAUACAAAAUUCAGACCUGGACUGGGUCAAGAAUGCCCAGAAAGCAUUUGAGACCAAAAGUCACGAUAACUUGGAAGGGAAGAAGGAAGGCUACUCCACAGACAACAUCCAAGAGGUAUCACCAGCCAGGCAGAAUGUGAGUUCCAUUGGUAAUCCUGAAAAUGAUAUGAGUCAUGUCCGGAUUACUAUUCCCAUCAAGACUCCAACCCUAGACCCACCUAGCCAUAAAAGGAAGAAGAGGCAGUCUGUGAAAACAAUGGUGGAAAAAAUCAUACCAGAGAAAGCCUUGGCUUCUGGAAUCCCCAUGAGCAGUGAAGUAGCUAGCAGGAUACUCUCUCACCCUGAGGGAAGUAAAAAGGAUCCUCGUACUACCAAGCUUGCUAAAAUUAUGGAGAAUGAGCCUUCCUCAGUUGUGUUGGAAGGCAUUGGAAGUGCUGAGAAGGUUCUCUCCAGUAAUGCAGCCAGAGUGCGAAAAACUCCCCUGGUCAUGACUCCUUCACCAUGCACAGAAUCACCCCUCUCAAGCAAGCUGUCAGAAAUUCAGCACCCUAAAUUUGCUGCAAAACGGAGGUGGACCUGCAGCAAACCAAAACCCACCAGUAUCCUGCGGGAGUCAGCCAUGACCACUUCAGAAAAACUCAUGGUAGAGCCACCUUCUGCAUAUCCUAUCACCCCAUCUAGUCCUCUGUACACCAACACAGACAGUCUCACUGUGAUCACACCAGUUAAAAAGAAGAGAGGACGACCAAAGAAACAACCUCUACUCACUGUUGAGACAAUUCAUGAGGGAACUUCCACCAGCCCAGUCAGCCCAAUCAGCCGGGAAUUUCCUGGCACUAAGAAGAGGAAGAGAAGACGCAAUUUGGCCAAACUGGCCCAGUUAGUGCCAGGAGAAGAGAAAUCCAUGAGCGAGAUGAAAUUCCAUAAAAAAGUUGGAAAACUUGGUGUUCUGGACAAGAAGACCAUCAAGACCAUCAACAAGAUGAAGACCCUUAAGAGGAAAAACAUCUUGAAUCAGAUCUUAUCCUGCUCCAGCAAUAUUGCCCUGAAGGCAAAAGUACCACCCCAGACUAACCCUGGGGGAUCAGCCAUUGACAGCAGACUGGGUAAACAGAUCAAUGUCAGCAAGAGAGGGACCAUCUACAUUGGCAAGAAGAGGGGCAGAAAACCUAGGGCAGAGCUGCAGCCCUCGUCUGAAGAACCUAAGACAGCCAUCAAACACCCAAGGCCUGUUUCUAGCCAGCCGGAUAUUCCAGCCGUGCCUUCCAACUUUCAGUCACUUGUGGCAUCUUCACCAGCAGCUAUGCACCCACUUUCUACACAGUUAGUCGGGUCUAAUGGCAACCUGAGCCCCGCCAGCACUGAAAUCAAUUUUUCAGAGUUGAAAACUAUGCCAAAUCUUCAGCCCAUCGGUGCUCUUCCUACCAAAACCCAGAAAGGAUUACACAGCGGAACCUGGAAACUGUCACCUCCCAGGUUGAUGGCCAACUCACCUUCACACUUGUGUGAGAUUGGGUCCCUGAAGGAAAUCACACUGUCACCAGUGAGUGAGUCACACAGUGAGGAGACAAUCCCUAGUGACAGCGGCAUUGGGACAGACAACAACAGCACAUCUGAUCAAGCUGAGAAGAGUUCAGAAUCCCGCCGGCGGUACUCCUUUGACUUCUGCUCUUUGGACAAUCCGGAGGCCAUCCCAUCUGACACCAGCACAAAGAAUCGACAUGGCCACCGGCAGAAGCAUCUCAUCGUGGACAAUUUCCUUGCCCACGAAAGCAUCAAGAAGCCAAAGCACAAGCGGAAAAGAAAAAGCCUGCAGAACCGUGACAACCUCCAGUUCCUUGCAGAUCUAGAAGAGCUUAUCAACAAGUUCCAGAUGUUCAGGAUCUCCCACCGGAGUUAUACAUUCUAUCAUGAGAAUCCGUAUCCCAGUAUUUUUAGAAUCAACUUUGAUCACUAUUACCCGGUGCCAUAUAUACAGUAUGACCCCUUGCUCUAUCUUCGAAGGACCUCAGACAUGAAGUCCAAGAAGAAGCGUGGUAGACCUGCCAAAACCAAUGACACCAUGACAAAGGUGCCUUUUUUACAGGGGUUCAGCUACCCUAUCCCCAGUGGAAGUUACUAUGCACCCUAUGGAAUGCCUUACACAUCAAUGCCUAUGAUGAACCUUGGUUAUUAUGGUCAGUACCCAGCUCCUUUGUACCUAUCUCACACUCUUGGCACAGCUUCACCAUUUAUGAGGCCAACAGUGCCACCACCCCAGUUCCAUGCAAGCUCCCAUGUGAAGAUGUCCAGCACUGCCAGGCACAAAGCAAAACAUGGAGUGCAUCUGCAGACACCUGUAGGCAUGGGCCUUGGAGACAUACAGCCAUCUCUCAAUCCCCCAAAGGUGGGUAGUGCUGGGUUGUCCAGUGGUCGCCUCCACAAAAGGAAACACAAACACAAACACAAGCACAAGGAGGACCGAAUCCUGGGGGCCCAUGAUGACCUGAGCGGUCUCUUUGCAGGCAAGGCCACGAGCUUCUCUAGCCAUGUUUUGGGCGAGCGACUGAGCAGCGCUGACAAAGACCUACCCCUGAUGGGUGAGAAGAGUAGGCAUAAGGAGAAACAGAAACACCAACACAGUGAGGUCAGCCACAAAGCUUCUAAGAGCAACUUUGAGGUUGACACCCUGUCAACCCUGUCACUCUCUGAUGCCCAGCAGUGGACCCAGGUGAAGGAAAAAGGAGAUACUAGUGGAGACCCUGCUGACUCCUGUACCAAGAAGUUCUCCAGUGGCAGCAGUGGAGAGAACAGCAACACGAGGUCAGAGACCUUGGAUGUGUUUGGUGACAUGAACCCAUUGAAUGACAAGUGGGACAGUGAAGUGGGUGGGAGUAAAAGAAGGAGCUUUGAAGGUUUUGGAACAUACAGGGAAAAGGACAUCCAAGCCUUCAGGAUGAACCGAAAGGAAAGAAGCACCUAUGACUCCUCAGUGUCUCCAGGAAUUGCAAGUCCUCAUUUAAAAGCAGACCAGACUUCAAUGAAUAGUAAAAACGAGGGCCCAGCAUCCAGCAUGAUGACCAGGAGGAAGCCAGCAUUGAUUGAAAGUGUUGCAAUACCCCCAAGGCCAGUAUUAUCUCUCCUUGCUUCAACCGCAGCAAAGUCUGAAGCAGCCAGCUCAUCCCUGAAGAAACGCUUCAAGAGGCGGGAGAUUGAAGCGAUCCAGUGUGAGGUGCGUAAGAUGUGCAACUACACCAAAAUUCUGUCCACAAAGAAGAACCUGGACCACGUGAACAAGAUCCUGAAGGCCAAGCGGCUGCAGAGACAAUCAAAGACAGGCAAUAACUUUGUCAAGAAACGGAGAGGGCGACCCCGCAAACAGCCCCUCUCCUUCGAUGAGGACUCCAGAGACCAAAUGCCAGUGCUGGAAAAAUGCAUUGACCUCCCCAGCAAGAGAGGUCAGAAACCCACCCUAAACCCUUUGGUAUUGGAACCAGUAGCCAGUCAAGAUACCAUCAUGGCCACCAUUGAGGCUGUUAUCCACAUGGCCAGGGAGACCCCACCUUUACCACCACCCCCUCCUCCCCCACCUCCUCCUCCUCCCCCACCUCCUCCUCCCCCACCUCCCCCUCCUCCUCCUCCUCCUCCCCCUCCUCUACCACGCACACCUAGAGGUGGGAAGAGGAAACACAAACAACAGCAGCAGCAGCAACAGCCACAGCUGCAACGUGAGGAGGAGGUGAAGGCCAAGAGACACCGAAAGUCAAGAGGAAAUGAAAGUGAAACCCUUCCCUAGAGUUGGGAAAGGCAAAUGGGAACAUGGGGUAGGGUAAACUGAGGCAUUGAACAUGCAAAAGAAAAGCAGGGGUGAGGGUUGGGAAAGGGAGGGGGCAGGGAGGGGGUUCUGGCCACAGUCAUAGACUUGUUUUUCCCUCUAGUAGUCUCAUUAUUUGCUUCUGGGGGAACAAAUAUGGGAGGCAACUUCAAAGGAUACAUGACAGUCUGCUUUACAGAGUUUCCCAACCAAUCAGGAUUGCUGUAUCUUUAAAAUAUAAGAGUGACAAACAGCCCAACAGAAGAGACCAGAUGGUCCUCUCAGUCACCUAAUGAGAUAGAUAAUCCAAGGUAGAGAGACGUGGUUCAUUUGCUGGCCCAUCCAAUCACAAAAGAACCAUGCUUGAUUAGGAAGAGCUCUAGGGGAGCAGGGAGGGCUAGGAUGGGGGGGUGGGGGGUGGAUAGCUGUAAAUCCCUCAAUUGUCUUGGCUAUAAUCCAUCUGAUUAAUUUUUAUUUUGUCUUAUUAUAUUGGUUUAAGAACCCUACUAGGCUUUGAGGUGACAUCAUCUUCAAGUGGCUUAAAUCUUUCUAUAAUGAUAAACUUUCUCAGUUAAUCCUGGAUUAUGUGGUUGAACUUCAGCUAUAGGCACACACCUACCUACACAAAUACACCAACAAGAUCCUUUCUUUCUCUCAUUCUCUCAGAAUCUAAACUUUCAUACAACAUCUCUGUCACACCCAGGUAUAUGCACAGGAAUCCAUCUCGUCACUUCAUCCUUUUCUUUUCCCUUCUCACCACCUAGCCAUGUAUUUCAAUAAGUCACUCAUCUACAUCUCUGUAGAUAGAUAUCAUAGACAUAUGAAUCAAACAGCUCGCCCAUCAAAAGUGCACACCCAUAUUCUCUCUGUCUCUCUGUCUCUCUCACACACACACACACACACACACACAGCCAUCACUCAUAAUUUUUCUUCUGUUACUGCCUCUAGGAAUGGUGGUGUGGUGUCGUGUUUAAAAUAUUACAUAGUAGAUAUUCAGUUUUGGUAGAGCCAUCUUAUUAAGUGACGUGGAGUGCCCGGGGAUAUAUUGACCUAUGUGUCAACCAUGUUAUUUUCAUGCUUAAUACAUAUCAGGAGAGAACAGCUGGAAACUUCCUUUUAAAACCCCACUGCAAAUGAACAUGGAAGAUUUCACCAAAAAGAAAAAAUCCAAACCAAAACACGAGUGUAUAUCAAUGCCUUGGUAUGUGGUUUUCUUUGCAAAUAGCUAUUGAAAAUUGUUGAAAGGAUAUACCCAAAUACACCCACACACAUACACACACACACACACACACACACACACAAUCUGAAGAAGUCCAUUCUCUCUUGGCAAUUAUUUCCUAAAAGAAAAAAAGGAGUAAGUGUUCUUAUCUGAAAAAAAAAAUAUUUUAAUGCUCCAAGGGUAUCACCACUGCAGUUGCAUUGAGCCACCUUGGGCAAGUUAUCCAGGUUGUGGUUGCCUUAAUAAACUAAAAUGAUUUUUUUUGUACAUAAUGUAAUUAUAAAGCUAUCAGUCUGCAUGAAUGCAAACUGUGUGUGACAAAUCGUCUUUAAAUGGUCAGUUUCAAAUGUACAUUUCUCAUCGGAGUGGUACUUUAGCCAUUGACUUAGCUUGGACAGAUAGCUCAGCUCCAGUAUCCAUUUCUGCAGCCCAAGUUUAACUGUUAACAAAGACUCAGGCUGAACGUAAAGCUAUUCCAUUGCCAUAAAUGUUUUCUAACAGUCAGAUGUGAAUGUUUCAAACAGGUAUUGUCAACUUCCUUCUCCUACACCACGAUCUCCUCUACCACUUCUCCUAUUUCCUGGUAUGGAAAAAUAAUAAUACAAUGAAGAACUCAGAGAGAGAAUUUAUAUUCCUUAAUGGGAAGGGAAAAUUCAGUCAGCUUCCAAAGGGCAUUUCACAACUUGGAAAGGUCAGCAGCAAUUGAGGCAGGGUAGGAUUUUCUUUCUCACUUGAGAACAAAACAUUUAAAUUGCCCAAAUGAAGUUGACUAUAAGUUUUGAAAGACUGCAGUAUCAAAGGUUAUGAACAAGUCUGAAUUUACCCCAAAUCAAUCUUUCCUAUAUUGCUGUACAUAUCAGUGCCAGCUGUCACUGGGAAUAAUUCACCCAGUGCAGCCCAGUUGGCAUUAUCACUAUGGACCUGACACCAUUGGCCAUUCCAAUGUGUCAGUAUCUUUCAGUCCCUGCUAGGGCUGUGACCAGCCUGGGGAACUUCAGGACAUUGCCCCAUUUGAGGAUGUCCAAACUCCAGAUGGAAGUUCUCAUUCCCCACUCACCCAAAUAUAUACAUUUUUGUCCUUGUGCCCUAUAACUUUCUGGGCCCACCAGUACAAAAAUUCACCCACACAUGCCCUGGUUCUAGUGAUAUAAAAAAAUUCAAGGAUUAUAUUUCCCCAUAAUUUAAGGCUUUUGACCCAGAUACACUAUCUCUGCCCUUUUUGGAUCUCCAUGUUGAAUAACAAAAACAAACUAGCCAAUUUAAAUGUGUCUUUCCCAAACCAAAUCUGAUCAGUGCUAAAAACAGAAACAGAAAACUUAAAUCCCUUCAUCCCUCACCCCUUCCCACACAUACUUGUCCAACCACCACAUAACAAAGAUCAGCCCUUCUCCAUUCCCUUUCCUUAGCUCCUGGAUUUUGAACAUAAUUUCCUAAUUCUUCCAAGGUAAUUUGGUUAAAGGCAGAACCAGGACUAGAAUUUGGGUCUGUGAAUGCCUUUCUCCAAUUAAUAUACACCUUCAUGCUCCACAUUCCUUUGCUUUAUUUUCAUUUUUAAUAGGGUAGCAGUUCAGGAAACCAAGGGAGAUAUAGUCUAUAGAGGGACAAGGAGAGUAUCACUAAUAACUGCCAUCUGAAGCAGGCCAGAAACUUCUCUUCAAGUCUACUUUUAAUUUAAGGAGUUUUGAUGGAAGUAAAUUACAUAGUGAGAUUUUAGUGUAAGAACCAGCACCCCACUCUCUCCAAACCUCUAUGGGCCCACUUGGGAUAUACAUCCUCUUUACUAAUUGGCAAAGUCUUUUGCAUUGUUAAACAGGAUUGCACCCUGAUCUCUUACAAGUAGGGAUGAGAUUGGAGUUCCUGUACCUGCUUGGAGAAGAAUUGAGGUUUAAAUAACUCCUAACCCCAGCCCUAGGAUGACUGCCUAGGUGGAAGGACUGGAUUUCAGGCCCUGAGAAUUGGGUUGGCAGGGCUCUGGUUAAAGAGCAGUGGCCCAAUGACAGCUUGGUGGUGGUAACUGGGGCUUGCAGAGGAUUAGCAUGUUAACUUGGCUGCAAGCAGGAGGGAGAUGGAUGGUAGGCAGCAGUCAGAAUUGGUGUUCUGCAUGUUGCUGGGUCUAUAAAUAUGAUAAGCAAGUACUGACAGAAUAAUAGUAUAAGGUGAUGUACUACAUGCAGAUCAUACAGGAUUUGGUUUUAGGGCUUAAGUCGAAAAUCCCACUCCUACAGCUUAUUACCCAACAAUAUUCUGAUAAUGAGCUUUUGGAGUCUUUGGAGUCCCUUUUUUUCCUCCACUACUAGGAAGAUUUACCUGGGAACUGUCUAAAUUCUAUACAUAUAUUUUCAAGGACUUAAAAAAUGCCAACUAUAGCAUGGGAGGAGAGGAGGCAGUGGAAGCAGAUACGUCUUAAAAGCCAUUUCAGAAUUUCGUUACUGGAUUCUAUCCCUCUCGUUUCAUAACAGAAACUAAGGACAUCAUUUCCCCCACCCUCACCCCUCUCCAGUCUAUGAUCUCACAAUGGUCCAGGACAGCACAGUUAACAGCAGCUAGCAUCACAGUGCCUAAGUACAGGAACUCUCAAACCUGGUCAAGUUGUCUUUGCCUUUGCAUUUCUUUCUAUGUUCUUUACACAAAAUAAGGCUCCUGCCUGCCUCUUGUUUCCCAGAGAGUUGGCCCUUGGUCCUUCCCAGUUAGUCCAGAGUGAGGGGCUUGGCCACUUGGGGACAGUUCUUAAACAAGCACAUUUCAACCAAGGAAGGAACUUCCUGGAUCUCCAGAGCCUGCCUGCCCACCUGCCCAGGUUGUAGCAAACACUAAGAAAAGAAGAAAAUAAACCAUAAAAAAUAGCAAAGAGCUAGGGAAAGAGCUGUCAAUUGGUCAACAUGGGAGGGCAGCUCCACCCUAUGUUGGUUUCUUUUCUUUACUUUUUUUUUAAAGCUAUUUCUUAAAUAAUAAUAAAUGCACAUGACGUGUUAAAUAUGUAUAUAUUUCAAAAGAAAAAGAAUGGGGCACAAGAUUGUUUUACAAGUCGUGCUGGCUAAUUUUUAGUUUGUAUUCAUAAGUGGUUUUUAAAAGCCUUUUUUAAAGUGUAAUUUGCAUGUUCUACUGUGAUUGUAUGUAAACAUAUUUUAGAGCAAAAAAAUGUAUUUGUAUUUUAUUGAAUAUAGAGGCAAGAAACUUGUACAUUGUUUGAAAUGUUCUUUUGUAACAGUUUUUAUUCAUAAAGCAUUUUUGUACAUUUCAAAAUGGAUAUGGACUUGCUGUUCUUUGAGGCGUAGAUACAUCUGGCAUGCUUUAAUGUCAUGCUCCUCCAUGAUCUUAGAUGUUGAUUUUUAAACAUUUUUUUCUAAAAGAAAGCUCAGUCUUUUCGCUACCAGACCAGGUUAGCACAGUAUAGAGCACUUAACUACAAAAAAGAAAAAAAAGGGGGAAAAAAGAAAAAAAAAGUUAAUCCUAUUCAUAUGUUAUUCAUUGUGUGAAAUUAAAGGCAUUCAAUUCA